AUGGGCAAAGACACCGGGAUGGAAUCCACCCCAACCAGAAUGCACAGAUCAUUAGACGUGAAACCUGGUGCCUACAGAAGAAAAUAUAGCAGGGGCCAGUAUAAUAACAGCCCCUUCACUGGGGAGAUUUUGAAUGCUCCCUUCCCAGAAGAUUUUGAUUCAGCGCGAUUGCCGAAAUAUGAUGGAAGUCAAGACCCACAGGUCCACAUCGAUGCUUUUGAUACGGACAUGUACAUCCGAGGGAUAGAUGAGCCCCUCAUAUCUCGGAUAUUUGCCAUAACUCUGACUGGGGCUGCGCAGGCAUGGUUCUCUACCUUACCUGCCAACUCCAUUGGGUCCUUUGAGGAAUUUGGGGAGAAGUUCCUCUUAAACUUUGCGACAAGCAAGAAACAUCCCAAAUCCGAGUUCGCACUUGGAAAGAUACGUCAACAACCCGAAGAAACUCUCCAAAAAUACCUCAACCGAUUCAAAGAUGUUGUGUUGCAGGUGCCGGGUUUACAAGAGAAUGUACACGUACAUCUCAUUGUGGCUGGCUUGGAUGGAGCAUCCAGGCUAGCCAAGUCGAUUUACAAAGACCCAGUGAGGAUGUUGGAGGAAUUCAGAACCCGUUCAAAGAAGUACCUCGAACUCGAGCAAAUAGAUAUUGCAAAUGCGCAAUUUGAAGAAGGUAAAAGAAUUAGCCUGAGAAGGAGGAGCCCGGUCCCGAAAGAAAAAGAGCGAACUGGUAAUAAAAAGAAAGGCUCUAGAACUAUAAAUCCAGAUGGACGAGACCAGAUUGGAAGAUACGAGAAAUACACACCAUUGAAUGCCUCAUGCUCUCAAAUCUGGAGGGAAGUGGCAAUGACGGAGAUGAAGAAAGUAGAAAGACCCCGACCCAUAUUCGACAGAGGAGGUUUGGAUAAGUCCAAGUACUGUGCUUUCCAUGAUGGACCGGGUCACACCACUGAUCAAUGCUGGGAUCUCCGAGAUGCUGUGGAAAAAUUUGUUAGAGAUGGAAGAUUACGCCAGUACGUGAUCAAAACCCAGGGUUCCAAAAAUAACAAAAGAAAGUCUGGAAACUGA